UAUAAACGCUCCGAUUCUCUAUAAUCUCUUCAUUCUUGCUUCUUUCUCACGAGCUUUGGCAUUUUCAUGCUCUAAUCUUUCAUCACAAAACCCAUAUCAUGUUCACCUUUCUCUCCUUUAAAUCACAUUUUCCGGUGAUUGAUCAUCUCCACAGUGAAGGUUUUCACUACAUCGCCCAUUUAAGUUGAUAUUAUUACCGGGUGGCUCUGUCUCAGCUCUGCUCUCCAAUCUGUUGCCUGACUUUUUAUUUAGAGAUACAAGAAUACUGAAAAAGACAAAAGGCAUCAAUACAAAAUGCUUCAACACCAAAUCGUGCAGUCCCCUGCCAUGCUAGGCCUUACAAACCCUAACUCACCAUCAAUUCUGAACCCUAACCCUCAAAAGCUACCUCCUUCGCAGACCCAUCAUCACCAAAACCACCAUUCUGUGGCUCCUUCAGCUGCUCUACUCACUCUUUUACCACCUCUCCCUAGAGCACAAGCACUUCUUUCCCAAAUGGCUACCUUAGCUUCUAAACUCUUUGAAGUAUCACCCAACAGAUCUGCUUGGGUCACUACAUUCCGUGGAUCACUCCCAACAUUCCUUUCUUCCCAAACCCAACCACAUUCAUCUUCCUUGCUUGAGUCUCUGCCUUCCACCACCAAAGAAAUGAUUUCACUUUUCACCUCCCUUCAAACGCAAAUCUUUGAAGCUGUUUCUGAACUCCAAGAAAUUAUUGAUUUACAAGAUGCUAAGAAAAAGAUCGAUGGUGAAAUUCGGUCAAAAGAUUCAGCACUUCUUGCAUUUGCCAACAAACUCAAAGAUGCUGAGCGGGAACUUGAUAUUCUUGUUGAUGACUACUCUGAUUAUCGCCGUAGCAUCAAGAGAUUGAAAUCAGAAGAUGGCAGUAACGAUGAUUCUUUAACCACCUCAAAUGUCUCAUCUCAGCUGAAAAUAUCAGAUAUAUUAUCAUAUGCUCAUCGAAUAAGUUAUACAACCUUUGCACCACCAGAAUUUGGAGCAGGAACGGCUCCUCUUCGCGGAGCAAUGCCACCUGCACCGCAAGAUGAACAAAUGAGAGCUUCACAGUUAUAUAAUUUUGCAGACCUUGAUAUUGGAUUGCCUAAAGCUGUUGAAACUAAGGAGAAAGCAGUUGAAGCUAUUAUUGAGCCUUUUCAACCUGUGGAUACCAAUCCACUUGCAAAUUUGCCUGCAAUUCAAGGGAUGCUUCCUCCAAAUUUUGCAGUUCCGCCUGGUUGGAAGCCUGGAAUGCCUGUACAAUUGCCUAUUGAUAUACCAAUUAUGCCCCCACCUGGGUGGAAACCUGGGGAUCCUGUAGCAUUGCCUCAUAUUGACUCACUUCCAGUACCAAGAUUUGAGGAACAAAAAUUACACCCUCAAAUUCCUCAGCCCAAGCAACCAGAAAUUAUUCAAGUGCAGCAUGUUAAUUUGGAUCUCGGAGGGAGUGAUAGUAGUGAUUAUAGUAGUGAUGAGGCAAGUUCUGAUGACGAAGAUUGAAAAAUCAGUGAAACUUAUCUUCUCAAAUUGUCGACAGUACAGGCAGUAUACAUCAAGAGACUCUCUGUGAUCCUGCUCAUACAGAGUACACAAGCACUUACUAGGAUUUUUUGACUCAUGCAUAACAGAUUACACACACAGGAGAACCAGCCACAGUUUCAGAGGGGAAAAGGUUAAGCAGCUGGGAAAGAGUUUAACAUCCUUGACCAGCAUCAGUUAAUUUGAGAAAAUACACACGGGAGGGUAAUCCAACAGCUUUUCGUGUUAUUUUUUGUUUAAACUGAGACGGUUGAAGAUAAUGUGGUUGAUCCUGACAUUUUGUUUGUUACUAUUGGUUUCAUUAUUUCUGGAUUUUGUAGAGGUUACUAAUGAAUUUACUGCUUUGAUCUGACACCUCUAAAUAGGCUGAUUGUUCCUUUAUUUUAUUGCUCUUAGUUUGCACGGAAUUAACAUCACUAUAAUUGUAUGUUAUCACGAUACUGUAUUGCCCAUAUUUAUCUGUUUUGAAUCCUUUGGAAUUAAUUUUUACGCUAGUCGUUUAUUUGGAUUUGGUUGGUGAAGCUGCACCUAUUAUUUUCCGGCUUAGACUUGAGAAUGACGGUCUUCGGGUGAUCUCAAACAUUGGGUUCUAUGAUGCAUGCAUGUAGUGCUGAAUUUGUGUUGAUCUUGAAAUGUUUUAA